AUGCCAGCGCGACCGGAGGGUCAGAGCCGCCCGAGCAGAUCUCUGACGCCCGUGGAGGCGAAGUUCGGGUGUGACUUCUUUCUAUAUGACUUCGUCAGCGAUCGCGCCCGCGCAAUAGCUGGAAGUCCAUCUUACUGCUUUUGUUGGUCGAGCGAGGUCAUUUUCAUCGCUAGAGUUGGGUCGGCCUACAACUCGGAAAGAGCUGGGCAUAUCCGCUCCCUAGAUAUUGGCCCACACCUGAAGCGGGCGCGCGCCGACUCGAUCCCGCCCGUCCGCCUGUACGGGAUCAUCAUCUGCGGCGACCGGGUGCGGCUGUACACCGAAUUUCCCUGGGGCCACGAGCACCAGUACCAGGGACGUGAGGUGUUCUCCACACACAGGGACGAGGUGGUGUUCCGCGAGUUUAUGGACGUGGUGCAGGCACUGCGGUACGAGGACAUGGGGCAGGGGCAGGUGGAUCGGGCGUCGCAAAGAUCCGGAGGGGGGGAGCUGCCACCCCCGGAGGAACGGGCGACGCCGGCGAAUCGAGGGCCCUGA